AUGACAAAGGCCCAGGAGUCACUGACCCUGGAAGAUGUGGCUGUGAGGUUCACCCGGGAAGAGUGGCAGCUCCUGGGCCCUGCUCAGAAGGACCUGUACCGGGAUGUGAUGCUGGAGAACUACAGCAGGCUGGUGUCAGUGGUGCUUCAAGCCAGCAGGCCAGAUGUCCUCUCCAUGUUGGAACAAGGAGAGCCACUGUGGACAUUAGAAGAUGAAAUCCACAAUCAAGCCCAUCCAGAAAUUGAGAAAGCCGAUGAUCAUCUGCAGCAGCAAUUGCAAAACCAAAAAAGGCCAAAGAGGGUGGAACAAUGUUAUGAACAUGGAAAAAUUUUGAAACCAUAUUUAGGUUUAUCCAACCGGAGCAGAAGAUAUACCAUAAAAGAGCUUGCUGAGUUAAAUGCAGAUAGGAGCUCCUCUCUUUGUGAUACUCAUGAGCAAACUCAUACUAAAGUUAAAUCUCAUGAAAGUAGAAAAUCUACCAACGCAGAGUCACAAUUCCUUAAAGGCCAACAAACAUAUAAAAUAGAGAAGGCCCAUGAAUCUGCUAAAUGUGGGGAAGAUUUCCUCAAGAAGUCUCAGCUCACAGAACAUAAGAAAGUUCAUUUAGGACAGAAACCCCAUGAAUGUAAUACCUGUGGGAAAACCUGCAAGAAGUUCAACCUCACUGAACAUCAGACUGUACACAAGAGAGAGAAACCCCAUGAAUGUGGUAAAUGUGGGAAAGCCUUCUUCAGGAAAUCUCAGCUUACUCAGCAUCAGAAAAUACAUACAGGAAAUAAGGCCCAUGUGUGCCCCGAAUGUGGGAAAAGUUUUGCCAGGAAAUCACCCCUCAUUGUGCAUAUGCGAAUUCAUACAGGAGAGAAACCUUAUUUAUGUAGUGAAUGUGGAAAAGAGUUCAUUCAGAAGGGCAAUCUUAUGAUACAUCAACAAAUUCACACAGGAGAGAAACCCUACAGAUGUACUGACUGUGGUAAAGCUUUCACCCAGAAGAUGUGCCUCAUAGCACAUCAGAGAUACCAUACAGGAAAGACGCCCUUUGUAUGCGCUGAGUGUGGACAAUCGUGUUCACAGAAGUCAGUUCUCAUUAGACACCAGACAAUUCACUCUGGAGAGAAACCCUAUAAAUGCAGUGACUGUGGGAAAGCCUUCAUUACAAAAGUGAAACUCAUUACCAAUCAUAGAACUCAUACAGAAGAGAAACCCUAUGGAUGUGAUGAGUGUAAGAAAGCCUACUCUUACAUGUCUUGCCUUGUUAAACAUAAGAGACACAACAGGAAGAAAUGCAGUGAUUAAAUGAAGGUAGAAAAUUCUACAGUGAGUCACACCUUAUCGGACAGUAGUACACUCCUGCAAAGGAGAAACCCUGUUGAUGUAACUGUGCAAAUAUCUUCCAUGACCCUUGAUAUGUCAAACAUCAGCUCAUCUCAAGCUAACACCGAAGAUGUCAACCCAUUGCUGGCCCUGACACUGCCAGGGUCCUGUCAUAAAGCUCCACACCGCAAUGGGAAGAGUGGUGCAGGGAAAGCCACCGGCGACUUUAAAGCAGUGUGUGACAUUAUCUAA